UACAAGUUGAAAAAGCCCAACAAUUUUACUAUCCAAUCAAAUCGUCUCCGCCUCAGCUCCGCUCCAUUUUCUUCAGCUCCUCCGCUGGAGCCGCCGUAAACCUGUGCUCACCGUCUUCUUCUCAGUUCAGCUCGGAAACAUCAAGGAGUCUUAAUUCUAUUGUUACCAGAUUGUGGUUUUGAGAUAGUGUGAAAGAAAAGAUGCCUCUUUAUGACUGCAUGCUUUUGUUAAAACCCACUGUACCAAAGGAAGCUCUAUUCGAUUUGAUUGCAAGGGUGGGUAAGCAUGUUUACAGAAGAAACGGAGUAGUCACUGAUUUGAAAUCAUUUGGAAAUGUCCAAUUAGGUUAUGGAAUUAGAAAACUCGAUGGAAGAUAUUAUCAGAUGACUAUGAUGACACCGCCCAGCAUAAACUCGGAGCUAUACUACCUGAACAAGGAAGACCGGUUGCUCCGUUGGCUUCUGAUCAAACACCGUGGCUUUAAAUUCAGAGGAAGCUCUAUGGGUGAAGUUGAUAUCACAAGUGAGCUCAGAGAUCUCAAGAGUGUCUUGAAUGAUGGCAAUAUGGUUGAAGAGGAGGAGGACGACGAUGAUGACAAUGAGCAAUCUGAAUCAGGAGAUAGCAUGAGUUAGAGAUGGUUGGUCCUUGAUGUCCACCUUCUCUUUUUGGUGUAGCACAUGAUAUAAUGAAAUGUGCAAUCGUUUUGUAUUUUAAUGAAUUGCCAAUUUAUAAGUAGAUGUGGAAAGUGAACGUUAGGCAUUUGCUAUAUCCAACCUCCCACACAUCGGAGGAUUGAUAUAGUACUAUACUAUUUUGGCUUGGACUAGUUCGGCCUAUAUUAUGGUAUGUCCAUAAUCUCAUAUGUAUAUAUUGUUAGUGAUACUUGAUGUCUAGUAAGAAAUCUAACAAGACAUUGGCGAGUCACCUUCUUCAGAUAGUUUAGUGCCUAGAUAAUUAUACAAUUCAUAUAAAAUAUUUUGCCUUUA